GAUGGAUUGCACGAAUUGAUAUACAAUAUUACAUACCCUGCAUAGUAAGUACCGGUAUAUGUACCCUUCCAACAAGGCUGGACGAGGUCAUGAGGGAGGCGGGCAUACGCGAGCUUAAUUCUUCACACGGGCUGGACGAGGUAAUGAGGGAGGCCGAGGUGCCGCGCGUCGACAGGAUUAUGGAUACCGGUACGCGCGGACCUAACUCUAUACGCGGGCCGGGCGAGGCCAUGAAGGAGGCCGAGGUGCUGCGCGUCGAGCGGUUGAUGGAUACAGGAGUACAAACCGCGACAAUCAUGGCGGCAGAGGAUAACGAUACCGAGGCGGCUUUUAUUGCUUCUGGCGACGAAGGAAGCGUUGAUGAACAUGUGCACUAUUCACACCGUGCACCUUGGCUGCGGGCGUUCGUCCUUGGCGCAAACGAUGGUCUGGUCUCCGUUGCGGCCCUGAUGCUUGGUGUGGGUGGUGGCAGCGAAUCACUCUCAACCAUGCGGCUUGCAGGCAUUGCGUCAUGGAUUGCGGGAGCGCUCAGCAUGGCUGUUGGGGAGUACAUCUCCGUGGCGUCGCAGCGCGACACGGAGGAGGCGGACAUUGAGAAGGAGCGGCAGCAGCAGCUCAAGGGGCCGGCGGCACGUGCGCGGGAGCUGGAGGAGCUGACCUGCAUCUACAUCCAGCGCGGUCUCACACGGGAUCUGGCGCGGCAGGUGGCGGUGCAGCUGACGGAGAAGGAUGUCAUCCGCGCCCAUGCACGUGACGAGCUGGGUAUUGACAUGGACGAGCUGUCUAAUCCCAUGCAGGCGGCGGUGGUGAGCGCGCUGGCGUUCACGGCAGGCGCCCUGAUUCCGCUGCUGGCCGGUUCCUUCCUGUCUGAUUUCAAUCGGCGGCUGAUUGCAGUGGCGGUUGCCUCGGUGGUGGGGCUGGCGGCGUUUGGGCUGACGGGUUCGCUGCUGGGGGGCGCCAAGCCGCUGGUGGGAGCUCUACGGGUGGUCAUCGGCGGCUGUCUGGCGAUGGCAAUUACCUUUGGUGUGGGGCACCUGUUGGGGGCCAAGGCUGCAGCCUAGAGCAAGGCGGCCGUGAGUUGAACCGCCUCAGCCGCUUGUCGCCUGUCGCCUGCGUGGAGAGGGUCCAACAUGGUGAAACCGGAGUGCCCGGCGCAUUCUUGCUAGGGCGGAGGAUGGAAUAGGAGAGAACGAGGCAGCGCAAAAUGACCCGUGUUUUCAUAAAAUGGAUGAGACGAGAAAAAAGGCCAGAGGAGGUCGGUUAGUGUGCAUCUCUGUACAGACUGUUAUGUUAGUUAGCGCCAGAACGGCUAUUACAUUCACUUGCCGAACCACCGUCGCAAACGCGGCUUCAGCUGUUGUGGGUAUGGGUGUGUCAAUGCUCCGAUCCUCCUCGGGUUCGCUCGUUAGCUAUCGUUAUUUGAACUGCUUACUUCGUUGCUGCAUGGCUGAUGAGUGGGCGAGCAGAGAGAGCUUAACGGGAUAGUAUUACAGCGUGGGGGGGUGGGGUGUUUGGAUGAUUUUGAAUGUUUGUGUUUCCGUAAAGGGUGCACUUCUGCUCGGAAUAUAGCUCCUGCAUAGUGGAAAGGGAGCUGACAACGUGUUAGAUGAGAGGAAUGAAUGGGAGUUUGGUACGGCUGCGGUCACUGGCAGGCAUGGCCACCGGUAUUUCGGGCGGUGUGCAGAGGUCUUUAAACAUCUCGGGGUUAUUCGAUUGCAUACCACGCGUGCAAAGGCAGUAGCAUUUGCGGCAUGUGCUUUCAUUGGGUGGGUUUGUGGGUACGUUGUCGUAUACUACUUUACCAUCGAGCAGCUAGGAGAGAGGCGGCGGAGGAGUGCGUGUGUUAAAAUAACUGGCCGCGAGGCGAAACGUACUGUGUGCGUGUGCGGUCGUAAGGAGAGAGGAGACACACCAGAAGGCACUUUGAAAGCUAGUUUUCUGUGUGUCACUAGGAGCUCUAGAGAUCUUCUGGGGCGCUAAUGACCACGGCGGGGUCCCCAUAUACGUGCAAAUUAUGUGUGACGUUCAGAAUGAAGAAGCGGUGGUGUUUUGGAUCUGACUGGUGAUGUGUCGGUUAUGCAACCGAUUUGUCGUGCACCGUUUACCGGCACGUGCAUUUUACCGGCAGAUGGAUGGUGUGGUUUUGCGCAUGUACGCGGUUGGAGAUGUGGUUUCAUGCUCUGGGUGUGAUUCGUUCGCGGUCUGGUUGGUACGGCGUAUCUGGCAUCUGUGCCGUACAGCCAUCAGUCCUCUUACGUCGCGCAGCCCCCAGGCUCGGGGCUGCGCUCUGCUCGCAACAGAUGCAAUGAUGUAGGACGGUGUGCGGACGAUGUGCGCUGCUUGCACUACCAAAGGAGCCUACCGGACGCCCUGUAACCGAAUCCCCACCACUCGUGGGGACUAAAGGGCUGACCAGGUGCGCUCCGGGCCACGUAAACUCUCUUGCUCUGCUCCACGCAGAAUGCUAAAGAUUCUGG